AUGAAAGGACCCUAUACAUUCAAGAAACCACACAACAGCAAGUAUCUGGCUGUAGUCAAUAUCGAUAUUGCCAGACCUAGCCGCCGUGACACUUGGGGAUUUUCGCUUUCCGUCGACCGCGACAGCUACUCCGCUCAGUUACGGGAACAAAUGGCACCCAACGAGUUGCAAGAGUUUGCCGACGAAGCUGACAAGGCUCUCAAGGUGUCUAAACUCGCAGCAGGUGGUCUCCUGAGCAAUUUGUUCUGUGUGUUGUCGUGCUGGACGUUUGGAGGAAUGGUCAAGGUGCGAGUGGACGACGCCACCGAUCGGGCUGUAGAUGCGCUGUUUGGGGUAGCAAAGAAGUGGAAUAUCAAGUUUAUGGCCGAAGAUAGAAGCAUCUUCAUCCGAGUCAAGCACCUCAAGAGCGAGCUAAAGCGAAACAACAACAACAUGAGAGCAAGUGGAACCAUGAAUGCUGCAUUGGACAAUGCCGAACGAUUUUCCGACAUUGAGGACGAGAUAUGGCUGGAGUUUGACAUUGUCUAGUUGAUUGGUGCAGGCUCUGUGCAGGUACACAAGCUGAUUCGGCAUUCAAAGCUGCAUUGUAAACUAGGUAGAACUUUGCCAACCAUCUCAGGUGCCCCAUCCUCCACCCAUUGGAUUACAU